GGUAAAGAGUUCAACGACGGACCCCCCCCCCCCUUCACCCUUCACCCCGAAGCAUUCAGACGCGCGUUUAACGGUGGGCGAAAGCGGAUAGUGUAUUUUACACGGGAGGGGAGGGGAGGAGCAGAAAGUCUCCCGACACACCGGCGGAGGGAGCCCAGCCGCGACAAUCCAGCCCCCCCGGUUCUGCCGGAGACGAGCUGAGCCGCUGCACUUGCUCACACCUUGCGACCGACGACGACCCCCCGCAACAACCCCCGCGGCUACGACGGGGGACGGAGACCGCGCUACGUUUUCCCCAGAGAAGCAAAAGACGGACAACAGCGGCGGCGGCAGCAGCAGCAGCAGCCCACUAUCGGCUGCUUUUCUUCUUCUUCUUCUUCUUUUGAACAAUUAAGAAUUCUCCCUCGCGGAUCGGGACCGUUAGUCCUCCGGUCAUUCGACUCCGCCACCUACGGAUGUGGACCUCGUUUUAAAAGAAAGAAGAAGAAGAGAAGAUUUGUUUCGUAUGGCUAUACAGUUAAGUGACCGUUGUUUUCCGCAACUUGUAAGGGUGUAGGGUGGUCGUACAGGGGGAGGGGAGAAGACGCCAGCCUGGUUUUCUGCCCCCCUUGGGAAGGGGUUGUUUUGGACAUGAGGGUAACGUCAGCCGCACAUCUCGGCAGCCGUGCGUCCGUAAUGGAGAGGAGAGACAAGUCGGCCGGCCCUCGCUCCCAUGGACAGCGGUGCUAAGAGGGGGAACCUCGGUGUCGACGAUGACGAAGUGCGUUGCCGCCUUGGAGGGUCUCCUGUAGCGGGGCUGCUUUGUGCGUCACUCGCCAGUCACGGUGAAUUCAGAGUUGAGGGGCAAACUUUUCACUGCAUAACCGUUACAAAACAGACGCCCCCUUCUCCGCUGUGUCGUGUCUCCGUAAGAUGUACAACGUUACCCCUCCAACGGACAGUCUCACCCUGCGAUGGGGGAGCAGUAUCACCCCGCUGGAAGGCAACAUCAGCCACACGGAGAGCUCCAACUGCACUAAGAACGACGAAUUCAAGUAUCCGCUGUACAGCGCAGUGUUCAGCAUUGUGUUUGUGGUAGGCCUGGUCACCAAUGUCGCCGCCAUGUACAUAUUCACCUGCUCCCUGAAGCUGAAGAACGAAACCACCACGUACAUGAUGAACCUCGUGGUGUCUGACCUGCUGUUUGUCUUGACGCUGCCACUGAGGGUCUUCUACUUCAACAACCGGAACUGGCCUUUUGGGGGGGUGCUCUGCAAGCUCUCCGUCUCGCUCUUCUACACCAACAUGUAUGGCAGCAUACUUUUCCUCACCUGCAUCAGCGUGGACCGUUUCCUGGCCAUCGUGCACCCUUUGCGCUCGAGGACAUUGAGGACCAAACGCAACGCCAAGAUCGUGUGCGCCGCUGUAUGGGUGCUGGUGUUGGCCGGGAGUCUGCUGGCGGGAUUUAAGCUGAAAACCACCUCGCCUCAGAACAACCGCAGCCAAGCCACGUUCUGCUUUGAGAACUUUUCCUCCAACCAGUGGAAGUCUCACCUUUCCAAAGCAGUGAUCUUCAUAGAGACAGUGGGCUUUGUCAUUCCCCUGCUCCUCAACAUGUUCUGCUCCGUCAUGGUGCUGCAGACCCUUCGGCGUCCCCAGACCACCGGCCACGGGGAGAAGCUGAAAAAAACGAAGAUCCUACGCAUGAUCAUAGUGCACCUUUCCAUUUUCUGUUUCUGCUUCAUCCCGUAUAAUGUAAACUUGAUUUUCUAUGCUCUGGUCCGCACCAACACCCUCAAGGGCUGCUUUGUGGAAUCUGUUGUUCGAACCAUUUUCCCCAUAGCCCUCUGCAUUGCUGUGUCAAACUGCUGUUUUGAUCCCAUUGUAUACUACUUCACCUCUGAGACCAUUCAGAACUCCAUCAAACGCAAGUCUCAGGUCAGCCGGUCCUACGAGACUAAGUUCUUCGAGGCCCUGCAGGUGGAGAGCAGUGCUAACCUUCAGUGCAGCCUGAGGAAUCUGAAAGCUAAAGGUUUUCACAACGAGUCUACUGUCUGACUGUGGUAUUUGCUAUCGCUACACACAGGGUAUUAAAAUGCAUACUUCCAUAGUGGAGCAGACAUCCAGGAGACAGAGGAAGUAGUGUUAUUUCAGUGCUUUGUGAAGCACCCGCCAAAGAAGUAUUAUGAAUCGGUCUCCAUCUCAGGGCAAAUGCAUGGUCUUCCCUCUGAUCCUGCUUUGCAUUAUAUCGUGUUAUCCAACUCUGUUGACAUUUGUGGAUUCAGUUUUACCACUCACUAAUAGUUCUAGCCUGUGGAAUAUAGUUGCGUUUUGCACAAUUAUUGUGCCAGUGAACUGGACUAUAGACUGGUCAUUCAGGUGUGGGACUGCUAUUAUAUUGAGUGCUACAUAUGUCAAUACAUAUGUAGGCCUACAUGUUGUGGUGCUAACUCUAGAGUAGUAUCUAUUAAAUUAACGUUAACAUCAGCCUAUAGAUUACUUAAGACAUUGGGUUUGUUUUUUAUAUUACAAAUGAAACAGGUAACACGUUUUUUUGUUGUUGUUUUUGUUGGUUUUUUGUUCUGGGGGCAUAUUGUUGUAGACCCUAUGUCUUUAUUUGCGUUGAAAUGCACUGACAGAAAAUAAAAUACUGCACUCAUGCCACAGUAAUGAAUAAAAUCAUGUACUGUCUAAAACAACUGGAAUCAAUGGGAAACUGUUGGUAAAUUAAGGGGAGGAUUUUUUUUUUUAAUAAGUGAUAGAAAUG